CUACUUUCGCAAAUAUUGCCACAUAAAAAGUAUUGUAAACACAUUAAAAAGGAUAUUAUAUGAAAUGUGUUAAAAGUACAAAUCAGUAUUUAUACAAAAUCAGUUAGCGAUUUUUAUUACAAGAGGACCUUCAAUCACGUGUUUCAUCCGUAAAUGUUUCUAUCAUAAUCCAUUUUAUAUCUCACUAUUUACGAGAUUCUUCCCAACUGUAAGCUCUAAAAUAUUUAUUGCCUAGAAUUUGGAGUAAGUUAUUGACUUGUACGAGUACAUCUGUAAUAUUGUUACGCAAUUUGAUAAUUUUAAAUUUGAACUAUAAUCUUUACAAAACAUGUAAUUUUUAACGUGAUGACCAUAUCCAUAUGAAAGAGGCAAAAUUAAUUCCAUAGAAAGAUUCAUUGGACCGAAUAGCUAUGAAGAGAAGCCAUGAAAAGUUAUUAUUCUCAACUGUGUGGACAUUUACAGUCGCAUUUCUUAUAUUACUGCUCUAUAAUGACCUAAUUUACAUAAAAAUUCUGAGUUACAAUUUGCAACCUGAAUUUAAUUUUAACAUGGAAAUAAUUAAUGAAAUUGGAUUUAUGGAGCAACAUGAAAAUUCAGAUGCUAAACUGGUAUUUAACACAGGUAGCAAAAUUGAGAGCAAUCCCAGUGCCCGACACAGAAGUGCUUCAAUUCCUGAUAUAAUUUCAACGAACAUUGAAAAUUUGCUUACUGAUUUAUAUAAGUUUUCAAUCUACAGCCCAUCCUAUGAAAAGUAUAUGGAAUACGCACCAUCUCAUUUACUACAAACGGAAAAUCCAAACUUAGCCGACAUAUGGAAUUUUACAAUACUGGACGAAAUGCCGAAUUGGAAGAAAUUCCACUAUGAAAUUAGUAAAAAUCAUCUAUAUGAAGAUUCUACAAUAAUUGAAGGACUUUUGCAAGAUAUGGCUACACAAAGAAUUAUUGCUGUAGAACAACACCCUGGUGGUACACAACUUAAAUUUAUUAUACAUUUCGAGGAUGGAGGAAGAGCUCUUAUGAAACCGAUGAGAUAUCCUAGAGAUAAAGAAGUGCCUAUGCGAACUUUAUAUUUCAGUGAUCAUGAACGACAUGUCAGCGAAAUUGCAGCUUUUCAUUUAGACAGGUAAUAAUCAUAAGGUUUCAUCAUUAGUGCUUACUAAUUGAGGAUAUUAAUUUUGUCUCAUUUCAAUGGUAUUGAAGUGU